GUUGCCCGGGCCAAUGAGCGGCGGCGAGGGCGGGGCGUCUCCGAGCUCGGCUUCUCCGGGUGGGAGAGAGGCUCGAGCAGGAAGGACGCGGCCGGCCACGCCGCCGACCCCUCCGCCGCACCAGCCAGGCAGCCCGCUGCACCCCCUCGGAGCAUGGCCCCUCGCUGACAGGGCUGGCCGAAGUUCGACGCAGAGCAAGCCGGAGGAACUUCUCCCUGGGUCAAAUGGCGACUGCAAACAAGGGCACCAAGUCCAAAGUGGGAGGUGUCCGCUUCGCCCCGCCUCAACCGGCAGAGGGGACUUCCAGCCAUGUGCACUUUGACGAGAAGCUCCACGACUCCGUGGUCAUGGUCACCCAGGAGAAAGAUGGCAGUUUCUUGGUGAAGGUUGGGUUCUUGAAGAUUCUGCACAAGUACGAGAUCACUUUCCACCUGCCCUUUGUGCAGCGGCUGGGGCAGGAUGUCUGUGCCGCUCAGCUGGCCAACCUGAAUCUCCGCGUGACCAGCAUAGCGCCUGCAACGGAAGGUUACAACAUCAAAUGCGAGUACACUGCCCACAAGGAAGGGGUCCUCCGGGAGGAGAUGGUGCUGCACAGCCAGACCAAUGACAAAGUCUCCAUCAAGGUGGUCGUGCAAGCCAGGGUGAUGGACCGCCACCACGGCACCCCCAUGCUUCUGGAAGGGGUCAAGUGUAUCGGAGCCGAGGUGGAGUACGACUCGGAGCAGAAUUCGGACCCUCCGCACCCGACACGAAAGGAAUGAGUUGCAUUUCCUAGCGAAAUCUACCCACGGCGUGGCUUAGGAGGGCAGGUUGAAGAGCUUUGACUUUUGGAUUUUGCCCCCCAACCCCAAAGCAGUCCCCUGCAACUGGAAAAGUAGCUCUUCAGGGAGCUAGACUGCCACAGACUGAUGUGCUAGAUUUUUUACUUUCUUCUCCCUUCUCUUUUAAAUUUUAAGUUUUCCACUUCCUGCAGCAGAACCUCCUGAUUUUGAAAUUUAAAAAUCUGCUCCGGCGGUAGGAGGGAGGCAGUCUGAUGUGCUCCUGCCUCGGCAACCCCAUAACUAGACCACUGCCCUCUCUGGAGCAGCAGGGAGGUGAGGGCGCAGGAUGAGACCCAAGGCUCAUCCAUUCUUCAUGGCUGACACCUGUUUCAUUUGUCUGAGGUGGGCACCCCUCCAGUGUUGCUCAACUCCCAUUGUCCCUAACCAUUGGGCCACGCUGUCUCAGGCUGCUGGGGGCUGCAGCCCAUCAACAUCUGGAGAGCUGCAGAUGUUCUGUUCACUUGUUGGAGCCUUGUCUUUAAACACGGCGCUUCCUCUCCCAGAUGUGUUUUCUUAACCAUUCUCUUUCCUCUCUCACUUUUUUUUCUUUUUUCAAAAAAGAUUCAUAGUUCAAAGACCAGGAAUGUGAUAUAGUUAAGAAAGAAACCAAUGGGUUUUUUAUGUGCCUAUAUACAUAUACAUAUAUACAUAAAUAUAUAUAUAUAU